AUGCAGUUCUCCGCAAUCUUCGUCCUCGCCAUGGCUGCCUUUGCCUCUGCCGCUUCAUCUGCCAAGACCUCUUCCUCCAUGUCCUCGACUGGAUCCAUGACAUCCACCGGUACUGCUAAGGCCAGCGCAACAUCAAAGUCCAAGGGCGCAGCUACCGCAGCUACCGGUCUCCCCAUUCUUGCCGCUGGAGGCGCUAUUGGUGUCGCUGUCUUGGGCUUGGUCGUAUAG